GUCAUCUAUUGUUCACUCUUGUUCCUAUCAUAAUCAGCUGUUUGGGAUUCGUAAUUUUCAAUGACUUUUACGAGAAUUUCAAUUAUGACACCAAUACAAGCUUCUUUCAUCCAUCAGUAUGCAAAUAUCUUUCAAGAUGAGUCACAUUGCGCAAAGGAAAUGUGGUGAAUCAAUUGAUGAAAACCUCAUGGACAGAUAACAUCUACCGUUUUUUUUGGUUUCUGGAGUAGGUUAUAAGAUCAUGAUCAAGAAUCUUUCUUACAUUAAACUUCGAUGUGUACUCUAGCUGUGAAUGAGCAAAAUGCCUGGCGACAUUGAUUUUAACAAACAACUUGGGUACAACAGGAUACCUUUUGCUGAUGCAGAGCUCAGUCACACAUUCCCGAUCUCUUCUUUCAAUGCAUACCUGGUACUGGGAAGGAGCCACCACAAGACCUCAGUUAAUCUCAAAUAAAGGCAUGUGCUCUGGUGUCAAAAGGUCUUCCACACACUUAUCAAAUAAACAAUAUAUACCGAUAUAUUAUAUAGCAAUUCCUAAAUCAGUAUGUCUACAAAUAAGAUUACACCUUCACCGAAAGCAACAGUCGCUCCUAUCGAUGCGUCAGGUCCUCCGGGAAAAUAUACUAUAUCAUUUGGGAGUCACCGCUUUGUGGUCGAAUUAUCCAGGGUACCUUGGCUGGGGGCGUAUAUCAAUUUGGUGCCGAGAGAUAAUGCAAGUUAUACUCAGCCUGGCUAUGAGAGCGAAUACGAACCAGAUCAAUCCGUUCCCUACUUAUUCAUAGCUGCCCAAGGAGUCAUAAAUGGAUAUUAUUUCUGCUUCAAUAUGCUUCCUCCUGAGCUUUCACAUUAUUACAAACUCUGCCAAGCGCUUGAUGUUAUAUCAGCCAAGAAUUUGUCUUCAAGCCCCGAGUCUCUACUGGGACUAUGGAAUUCAAUUUUAUUGUAUACGGACCCAGAGACUUCCCAAGAUGACAGAAUGCUCCACAGGGCAAGAGCUGGCACUGCUGCCUUCAAAUUUGUGUAUUUGAUGAUAUUGGGCGACUUUCCCGACUCCAAUGUUCUGAAUUCAAAACAAAUACUAGCACUACUGUUCGUGCAGACCGUCUUGUAUAACCAAGAUGAUUUCAUGUGGGAAAUAAGAAAGGUAGUUCGAGCUGCAUAUCAAGUCCGAUUUGAGACCACUUGGGAAGAGUUUCAGAGGUUCGAUGAUUUUGGGGGGCAAACCGAGACGAAACUAGAAGAUUUUGAGAUAAAAGAGGCAGCGAAAGAAGCGGCAGCGAAGGCAGAAGCAGAAAAGAAACAGGCGGCAAAGCAAAAGGCGUCAAUACGAUAA